CCUGCUAAGCGCCUGUGGCCACCACGUCUGCUCAUCCCUGCCCGACGCUUCCAUCAGAGCCGAAACACAAAAGUACGGCAAAUAAAUCAUCUGUACCAGCUUCAGGCCAGGCGCACGAUGAACCUUUCCUUGUAUACCAUCUCCGCCUUCAUCAUCCUGGACAGCGAUGGCCACCGCGUCCUUGCCAAGUACUACCGCCCAAAGAGCCAUCCGCAGGGCGAGAGCAAGUCAUUACUCACCUUGAAAGAGCAAAGAGCAUUUGAGAAGGGCUUGUUUGCCAAGACGAAAAAGCCGACAGGCGAUAUCAUCCUCUACGACUCCCACCUCUGUGUCUACAAGCACUCGCUCGACCUGAUCAUGUACCUGGUCUCCCCGCCCGAAGAGAACGAGCUCAUGGUCCACUACGCGCUGUCCGCCUUCUCCGACGCACUGCACAUGCUACUCCGGAACCAGGUCGAGAAGCGUGGCGUGCUUGAGAACCUCGACUUGGUGCUGCUGUGUCUAGACGAGACCAUUGAUGACGGAAUCAUCGUCGAGACAGAUUCGACAACCAUCGCGUCCCGCGUCUCGCGACCCAGAGCAGACACGACAGAGAUCGUCAUCAACGAGCAGACGAUCAUGAACGCGUACCAGACCGUCAAGGAGCAGAUGAAGCAGCGCAUCGGGCAGUUCUAGAUUCCCUUCCCCUUCCUCUCCUCCUUCUGUGUUGCAAGUGUCGUAAGGGUACUUUAUUUAUUGACGGAUCCUCUCCCUGCUUUUGCGCGUACUCCCGUCAGAUGGAUGACCAUUUCCUGCCACUUACAGCGUACCCAAGCUGUAUUCCCGUUCAAACCUGGACGCUGCUGCUGUAAUCUGGUCACCUUCACGAUUGUGACAUGGGUGCUAUAAUGAUCUCCUAGCCAAACUACAUGCGGCCGCCAAAACGCAUACAAGGGCGGUGUUUCUCGG